AAUAGAAGCUUAUUUAAUGCGGGACUUUUCAGGGACAAAGCUUCGAGCGACCUACUGCGGAUCUCGAGCAAGACUUUGCACUCACUCAGGUCGGAAAAGACUGAGUUUUUUCUAACCACUGAUACCCAGCAAGGUGUGUGGAUGUGGAGACAACUUGUCUUUUAUUCCUCAUAUCUUGCGGUUUACUACUAUAAUACCUUCAAAAAUGACAUUUCCUCAAGCACAUCGCUAUUCAGAAACGAAAGCGUGCGAACGGUGCUCAAAAAACACUCGGAAUUCCUCGAGCGCUACAUGGGACAAAAAGUCGCAGCAGUAGCCCCACGUCCUGCUCGCUUCGACUCGCCAUGA